AUGUCUCCUUACGAAAAUGAACUUCACGCUUUCGAUGUUGACGAGCGUGCUGGUUUCAUGCCUCCCUCUCCUCCCCUGACCCGCCUCCCUCAACUCUGGGAGUUAUGGGAAACUAUACUAGACGCUGCCAUUCAUGCGAAAUUGCAGCUUGGGGGUAAAGAAGCUGAGGCGUCAGAGGCAUGGCGCGUACGUGUUCGUCAGCUGCCGGUCAUACCCAUUUGUGAACUGGAUUCGCCCAUGCUUCUACGUCGAGCCCAUCUUGUGUUAACUUAUAUUCUUCACUUCUACAUCCACACUCUGCCUCUGACGUCUCCCAUCUGUAUACCCAAACCCAUAUCUCUUCCUCUUGUCCGCAUUUCUCAGAAGCUCGACAUCCCACCGUUACUCACCUUCUCCGACACCGUCCUGUACAACUGGGUCAUAUGUACCAGUGAAGACUUCCCAACACCUCUCAACGUCCGUUCCCAGACACUAUUCACGGGACUGAGAGACGAAGAAGAGUUUUAUCUCUGCUCUGCGCGUAUCGAGUUGCGCGGCGUCGAGGCUCUCCAACUUGUACGUGCAACCAUGGACGAGACAUCCGUGAACGACUCCAUUGCAGUGCGCCACGUCACCCAAUACCUGUCCACCCUCUCCAGCGUCAUUGACGAACUUCGUGCGUUGAUGAAUGACGUCCGUAAUGGUUGUGAUCCAGAUACGUACUAUAACCAAGUACGACCGUGGUUCUGCGGUGAAGACUCGGACGCGAACAAGCGGAAAUGGGUGUAUGAAGGGCUGGCGGAGGAGGGGCUUCUCGUCCCGAAGGAGCUAUCUGGUCCCAGCGCGGGACAGAGCUCACUCAUUCACGCUUUGGACUCCUUUUUAGGUGUGAACCACGGCAAUCCAUCGUUCAUGCAACGCAUGCAAUCGUACAUGCCCAGAAAACAUCGGUUGUUCCUUGAUCAUCUGAUGAAGAGCCCUCGCCCGUUGAGGGAGUUUGUGGUUGGGGCGAGGGAUGGGGAGUUGGAGGGGGCGUAUAAUCGGGCGGUGGGCGCUUUGAAGAAGUUUAGGGAUGCACAUAUGAUUAUUGCGCAUUUGUAUAUAUUGGGUCCGGCGAGGAGAGCGGCGAGUUUAAGGAAUUCAAAGGGGUUGCAAGGGGAGGGGAAAGAGAGGGAGCCGGUCAAGGGGACUGGUGGGACGGAUUUGGUGACAUUUCUGAAGGAUACUAGAACGAGGACGAUUGAGGCGGUUAUACCAUAA